AUGUGGAUGGAACAGACCCAGAAACGCCCUUCUACCAGCCUGGACCACCCUCCAACUUUUCUCCCAGUUGCUACCUUCAGAGCCAUCUUCUUGUCUCCGGGACAUCCAACAUCCUAUCUUGAGCUUAGCUCCUUAUUACCAUCAACCCCAAGCUUUCACAUUUGUCAGAAUUGUUCCACCAAGGGGAAGGGUGCCAUCAACCCUCUGGUUAGCAAGCACCUGCACGCCUCUCACACCUACCUGUCUCAGGCUUCUAUUUCUACCACCACAGGGCAGCUCUGGAUUGUGUGGGCCUCUUCUCUUGGCCCUGAGGAGAAGCACAAGCACGCUGGGAGUCUCUGGAAGAUACUAGUCCAGUAUAGGCUCCAUGCCCUCUUCCAGGACAUGCAGAAGCCAUCCCAAGAUGAGUGGCGUAACACCCUGGACACCAUGGAAACUUCCCUGGUUCUGGAGAAUAACCCAAAACAGGCUCUUUUGGUUCUGUAUGCCUUGGGUUGUGCCCCCGCAGACCCCCAUCUCUAUGACUUCCUGUCGAACCGCGUCCUAGAGGAGCAGGUGAAACUCAUCAAGAAGAUGGACAAUCCCCUGACUAACCUCUGCAAGCUGGCUGGCCCCCAGCCUGGGCUGGGCGAGCGGCUCCUUUAA